CAACAAUCAUGAUGAAGGGCCAUCCCCAUCGCAUCAACAUAGAACAACAACAACAACAACUGAACAACAAUAACAAAACAACCAGUGUUGGUGAAAAUGGAGAGGCUAGUGGAAGUGUGCGAACCUUCAGAGGUUCAGAUAGAGUUCGCCCUGAACUGCAAAUGCCGAACCACAAUUCAGCUCCGAUCCUUAAGCCAAACCACACCAGUAGCCUUCAAAAUCCAAACCUCAUCACCCAACAAGUUCCUGGUCAACCCACCGAGUGGACUCAUUCCCCCACUCUCCUCCGCCACCUUCCAAGUCAUCCUCAAGCCUCAGCCCCACCUCCCCCAAUCCUACCCCCGCUCCCCCUCCGACCGCUUCCUCAUCAAAACCGCCGAGUUUAACACCGACUCGUCCGUUCCGACUCACCCCGAUUCCAUCAACUCAUGGUUCGCUUCCCGCCCCAAAGACUUCUCCACCAUCGACCUCAAACUCAAGGUGGCUUUCGUGGGGCCGCUUCUCCUCCACGACGCCGUUUCGCGUGGGGAUUUGGAGGCUGUCAGGAACUUGAUCAGACGGCGGCGUCCGGCGCUCGCGGAUUUGCCCCCUGCUGAGUCUGACUCGCUACUCCGAGUUGCCACCGAGUUGGCUGAUCCGAAUGACAUGGUUUAUCUUCUGCUUGAGGCCGGGUUGAGAGUUCACGGGCCAGUGAGAUCUGAUCUUUUCCUCGCCUGUGAUGAGGAAGUGGUGGUGUUUAUGGAGGAAGGAGAAGCAAUACUAGAGGCUUCCAGGCGCGGAGACGUGCGGGAACUUGAGUUCCUGUUACGAGGAGGUGCUGCGAGUGUUAACUACCGUGACCGGUGUGGUUUGACGGCGCUUCAUUAUGCAGCUUGUAAAGGGCACAAGGAUGUGGUGUUGAUGCUUGUUGAAGCAGGGUGGGACUUAGAAUGUGAGGAUGAGGAAGGUCAUGUUCCCCUGCAUAUGGCUGUGGAGGGUGGCGAUUUCGAGACCGUUCAAAUUUUGGUUGACAAGGGUGUGAACCUUAAUGCUAGGAACAGCGGGGGUGCUACCCCUUUGUUCAUGGCUAGAGGUUGGGGACAUGAUGAUAUAUAUCAGUUGCUUAAGAGCAAGGGUGCAUUAUGAGCAGUGGCGUAUGUAUAUUGUCAUCAAAGAUAGAAAACAAUUUGGGCCUCAUUAGAUAUAAUUUAUGUGAAAAUUUUAAUUAAUUUUAGAUGUUUUUAAUAAAAUUGUUAGGCCAUUGCAUUGACUCGAUGGUAAGCGUGAAUCUUGGGUUGCUUUAUUUGAUAUAUAUGACAGAUAUAUUUGGGUAA